AGCAAGCAGUUGUCCCUUGGACAUUAUGUUCAUUUGAGGUGGCUGGGAGAGGGUUUAUGAUGAUCAAGGGCUAAAGACCCCCAGCCUAAGUUACCCUGCUUUGGCAUCUCACAGAACUUAGAUAUGUGGCAAAAAUAAUAAAGGUUCUAGGUCUGCACAUGUAUUAUAGCUCUACAUGCAGCUUUUCAACUGAUGUUCCUUCUAUCAUUUGAAAAUCCAUUCAGUGACUUAUCCAAUCUACAGAGAGCCACCCUUUAAAAAAAUCAAGGAAGCUGCUACGGUUACAUCUUUUGAAAUUGCUGCUAACUCAGCAUUGGCAUUUGGGAGGUCUUCUACCCAAGAAGAAUUAAACCAAAGGGAAAUACAAGUGCUAUCCAAAAAUGCAGUCCCUCUAGGGAAGGUUCAGGAAAGGUUAAUUGUCAUUGUUCGGUGUUUGGAGGUCUCCCUCUCUGCUCUUCCCCUCCUGGGGAUGGGGCGGCUGCUGCCUGCCCGGGGAGUGGGGGCAAAGUAAGGCUUUCUGGUCAGAACUCAAAUAGCACAGUUUGAAUUGUAUAAUGGAGCUGCCCUGAGUCAGGUGACGGGAUCACUGAGUAAUUCCCUGCAGAAGGAGACAAACUGCAUGUUAAAAAGCUCAACAAAUACUCUUAAAAAAAAAAAAAGCCCAGGCUGUAAAUUCCAGACUUCCAAGCUGCAGUUUCCUCUGACGGCUCUCCAGGCUGAAAUGGCUGGGCGGGCAGGCUGAGUCUGAGGACUGGCAGAGGUUGGGGACGGCCAGCCCAUGCAGGUCGGGGGUCUGGUUUGGAUCGCCCAGUUACUUUCUGUUUCAUUUUUUAAAUGUUCCCUGUUUCUGAAACUAGUUGCCUUCCCAUGUCAAGUAAAACGCAGGACUCCCUGGAGACUCCAGCCAGGCUUUUGAGAACUGGAGCUUCGUGAAGCUGAGGAAGUGGAGAGACUGGCUGCCAUGCGCUCUGACUCCCUGGUUCCAGGGACCCACACGCCCCCCAUCCGCAGGAGAAGUAAGUUUGCCAACCUGGGGAGGAUUUUCAAGCCUUGGAAAUGGAGGAAGAAGAAAAGCGAGAAGUUCAAACACACGUCAGCAGCCCUGGAAAGGAAAAUAUCAAUGAGGCAAAGCAGAGAAGAGCUGAUCAAGCGAGGGGUCCUGAAGGAAAUCUACGAUAAAGAUGGGGAGCUUUCCAUAUCGAAUGAAGACGACUCCUUGGAAAACGGGCAGUCCCUGAGCUCCAGCCAGCUGUCUCUGCCUGCCCUGUCGGAAAUGGAGCCAGUCCCGAUGCCCAGGGACCCCUGCUCGUACGAGGUGCUCCAAGCUUCAGACAUCAUGGAUGGGCCAGUGUCUGAAGAGAGUCCCUCUGCCAGUGAAUGUGGAGUCCUCCUGUCCCAAGAUCCUUCAGCCAAACCAGUCCUGCUCCUGCCCCCCAAAAAACCUGCUGCUUUCCCUGGAGACCAUGAGGAGACCCCAGUGAAGCAGCUAUCCCUUCUCAAGCAACCCCCGGCCCUGCCUCCCAAACCCACUGCCAGGAUUGCCAACCACUUAACAGAUCCUGGCGCCCCUGUGAAAUUGCCUUGUCUGCCAGUGAAACUGUCGCCUCCGCUACCUCCAAAGAAAGUCAUGAUCUGUAUGCCUGUGGGGGGGCCAGACCUCUCGCUGGUGUCCUACGCAGCCCAGAAGAGCGGCCAGCAGAGCGUGGCCCAGCACCACCACACCGUCCUGCCGUCGCAGAUCCAGCACCAGCUGCAGUACGGCGGCCACGGCCAGCACCUCCCCUCCAGCACCGGCUCCCUCCCCAUGCACCCCUCGGGCUGCAGGAUGAUAGACGAGCUGAACAAGACGCUGGCCAUGACCAUGCAGAGGCUGGAAAGCUCUGAGCAGCGAGUCCCCUGCUCCACUUCUUACCACAGCUCUGGUUUGCACUCUGGGGACGGUGUCACGAAAGCAGGACCUAUGGGCCUUCCGGAAAUAAGACAAGUGCCAACUGUUGUGAUUGAAUGUGAUGACAAUAAAGAAAAUGUGCCUCAUGAAUCAGACUACGAAGACUCUUCUUGCCUGUACACAAGAGAAGAGGAGGAAGAGGAAGAGGACGACGAUGAUGACAGCUCAUUGUAUACCAGCUCCCUGGCCAUGAAGGUCUGCAGGAAGGACUCCUUAGCCAUCAAACUCAGCAACAGGCCCUCCAAGCGAGAGCUAGAGGAAAAGAACAUCCUUCCCAGGCAGACGGAUGAAGAGCGGCUGGAGCUGAGGCAACAGAUCGGCACCAAGCUCACCAGGCGGCUGAGCCAGAGGCCAACUGCAGAGGAACUGGAACAGAGGAACAUUUUGAAACCUCGGAAUGAACAAGAGGAACAAGAGGAGAAGAGAGAGAUCAAGAGGAGGCUAACCCGAAAGCUCAGUCAGAGGCCCACGGUGGAAGAGCUCCGGGAGAGGAAGAUCCUCAUCCGCUUCAGCGACUACGUGGAGGUGGCAGACGCUCAGGACUAUGACCGCAGGGCCGACAAGCCGUGGACCCGCCUCACCGCUGCUGACAAAGCUGCCAUUCGAAAGGAGCUCAAUGAAUUUAAAAGCACUGAAAUGGAAGUUCAUGAAUUGAGUAGACACUUAACAAGGUUCCACCGACCUUAACAGUCGAAUUCCUCUUGAGUGCUAUGCUGUCUUCAAAACAUAAAUUUAUAAGAACCAUAAGUGCUGGUAUUUAUUCACUUCCCCAUUACGAUGUAAACCUUC